AUGCCUACAUUAAAUCAAUUGAUUCGUCAUGGUAGAGAAGAAAAACGGCGCACGGACCGUACUCGAGCUUCGGAUCAAUGUCCCCAGAAGCAAGGAGUACGCCCGCGUGUUCCAACGAGAACACCGAAAAAACCUAAUUCAGCUCCACGUAAGAUAGCCAAAGUACGGUUGAGCAAUCGACAUGAUAUAUUUGCUCACAUUCCGGGCGAAGGUCAUAAUUCGCAGGAGCAUUCUAUGGUGUUAAUAAGAGGAGGUAGAGUGAAAGAUUUGCCAGGUGUUAAAUUUCAUUGUAUUCGAGGAGUCAAGGAUUUGCUGGGAAUUCCGGAUAGAAGAAGAGGCAGAUCAAAAUAUGGUGCGGAAAAACCCAAAUCGAUAUGA